AAUCCGCACAAGAGAAAAGAACUUAAAUGCAUAUUACUUGUUAUUAUAUUGUGAUCGUGAAAUUAUUAAUUUUGAAUGUAUAUCGCUGCCAUGGCAUGGGCCAACUCUAUACCUCAGAUGCAAAUAAUACGUAUUAUAUAGAUUUUGAGAAUAAGUUUGCUUAAAGUUCUCUUGGUUUGAUGGUCAAAUUGAAUGCUUAAGGAUGAACAUGACUUUGGUGGAGAUAAACACGAGCACAAAAUCCCUGGAACUGAAUACACUGAUCACAAAUCUUCAAAAACAUAAUAAUAUCAAAAUGGGCUAUCUUUGGAUAGGUGGCAUACUGUCACAAAUUCCGAAUAAAAAGUUUGUUUGGCUUUCAACGGGUGAUGAAUUAACGUACACUAAUUGGUAUGACAAUAAUCCAGAUUUCUAUAAUGAUAAUGAAUUUUGCAUAGAAAUGGUGAUGGAGAAAAAUUUGAAAUGGAAUGAUGAUUCCUGCACAACCAUAGGAGGUUUCGUGUGUGAAUACAAAGAUGAAAUAAAAAUUCAGCAAGAAUUGAAUAAUUUAAAGCAAAAAAUGUACAAUCAUCUGCAAGUGCAAAGCAAUUUACAUCAAGAAGUGCUCAAGCAAAAUGAACAAAUUAAGCAUGAAUUGCAAAAGGAAAAAGAUCUACAACAUGAACAUCUAGAGAAAUUACAACAAUUCGAAGAGAAAAAAUUAGAAAUGGAAAAAGAAAUAGAGAAGUAUGUAAGAAUGAUGAAUCAAAGCUUAGAGACACAAGAAAAGCUUAAACAAAAUUUACAAACAGAAGUAAAAAAUAAUGAAGCUUUGAACAAAGACUUACAAAAGCAAAAAUAUUUGCAACAGCAACUAAAAGAAAAAUUAGCUUUAAAAGAGCAAGAAUUAAGAAACCAACUAGUUUGUAAACAAAAACUUCAGCAACAGUUGCAAAAUCUCAGAGAAGAAACAGAAUUUUGUCUUAUUUGUUUAUAGUACCCUAAUAUUAUGGUGACAUCUAACAAUAUAAUCUAAUGUCUCUCAAUUUUCUCCUUUAAAACAAAUAUAUUACAUACAUAUGUACAUAUUUAUAAAAUCAAUUGUUUGAAAAUUUAUGCAAUGCAAUUUUUUUUUUGGAUUUAAGCAGAUUUUUAAAUACAUAAAUAUUAUUUUUGAAUAAAAAUAAACAAAUAUUUGAUUUUCUGAAUAAAAAAUCUUUAAAUAUGACUAAAUAUCAUCACAAA